UACACUACCGGAAGUUGCAGAUUCCAGUUUGACUUGUGUUUACAUCCCAGCUGAUCUGCCUUUGGUCCCCCAAAACUUCAGAUAUGAACGUGGUCGACGGUAGUAAGCAUGCUGUGGAUUUGAGCCAUGGUCUGGAAAACGUUCCCGUUUUAAUUGAAAGGAGUUCGUCAGUGCCGAUAUUUCCUGAAUUUCAGUAUUCCCCAGAUAACAUUGGGGGACCAGGAUGCACUGUUGACCCCAGUGAAGUCACCCUUCCUGGAUGCUCCUGUCUUUACCACUCCUGCUGCACUGAGAGCUGCUCCUGCCUGCAGACUCAUGGGCAGGCGUAUGACAGCACCGGCACACUCCUGGACCGUACCCGAACAGACUCUGGUUACUGCUCACCUGUGUUUGAAUGUAAUGUCCUUUGCAGCUGCAGUGACACCUGCUCUAACCGUGUUGUCCAGAGAGGGCUGACACUCAGGCUGGAGAUUUAUAGCACCAGGAACAGGGGUUGGGGAUUACGGACACUAGAGGCAAUCCCAAAUGGGACAUUUGUAUGCGAGUAUGCAGGAGAGGUUAUCAGUUUUGAGGAGGCCAGACGCAGACAGCUUACCCAGAGAUCUGAAGAAAAUAAUUACAUUAUCGCUGUAAGGGAGCAUGCAGGUACAGGCUCCAUUAUUGAGACGUUCGUGGACCCGGCUGUGGUGGGAAACGUAGGCCGCUUUCUCAACCAUUCCUGCCUGCCUAACCUGUUCAUGCUUCCUGUCCGCGUGCACUCUGUGGUUCCUAGACUGGCACUGUUUGCUGGCCGGAACAUUGAUGCACACGAGGAGCUGACGUUUGACUACUCAGGAGGAUACAGUAACCAACCACCCGUAGAGCUGCUGUCCACACAAAGUGACGCUGCCGUAAAGGCCAGUAGGACAGAUGGACUUCAGAGGAAAGCAUGUCAUUGUGGUGCCAACAAGUGCACACAGUUCCUUCCACUGGAUUUAUCUAUUCUGAGCGGAAAUAAUCCUAAAUAAAUUUCAGAUCACAUUGUUUUUUUUGUUUUUUUUUAUCUGACCGCCAAGAGAUGGAUUAAUUUCUGAAUGUUAGAGAAAAGAUUUUGCCUUUUUCCUCCUGAUUUUCUUUUGAAAUUAUGUCUAUUUACUUAUGUGUUGCUCUAUUUUCAGUUUCCCCGAACUCUUAGCUCAUUAGAACAAGACAAUGCAACACGUUGGUGGCUCCAUAAAAACAAUCGGCUGGAUGAGUCAUGUCUGUGCUCAUCAUUGUUUCCUGUUUAGUCCCCCCGGUGUCUCCUGAUCUGCCACUGUCUUAAUGAUGUCUCCCACUCAGUGUAAAAUGAUGCAAUGAAAACUAAAUCUCAAGGCAAAGAAAAAAAAAGUUUUAUUUUUAUGUGAGAGUAAACUUGUUGAUACUACUGUCUGUUCUUUCACGUAUAAUCCAUUUCAAGUAUCAGGGGAGGCUUGUUCUGUGUUGGACGUGUCCCACUGGAUUCACAGUCUUGCAGCUGUCAUCUUGUCCUGGCACAUAUAACUCCCAUUUCUCAUGCAACACAUGAAUCUUGAAGGAGCAGGAGAAUCUUUUGAACCAACAGACAUGGAAAUGAUGUUUAAUAGUUUUCUUUUAAUAGCAACAUAGGUUACAGAAUUGAUCUGUACACCCUUAGAGGUUGCCAAAGCUUUGUGCAAGAGAAUAUUUUGUCAUUCUAAAAAGCAAAAUUCAAAGUAAUAACUGUCAACCAUCUCCAUCAACUUGACAUUUCUUUUCUGUGUUCAUGCGAAGCAGCCUCCCCAUGUAGAUAUUCUCAGCAUCUCAUCGCACUCAAACCUCAAGAGGGUUGGAACCAAUUAAAAAGGGCCAAGGGGUAUUUUUAUAUAGAAACAGGCUUUAUUCCCCUGUCAAAGGAGGGGCGAAGGUGUCCCACUUUAGUGUGACCAUUCUGAAAUCAGGACCUUCUCCUCUCAAUCUGCCCCGUUUCUAGUCUAGACCUGCUUUCAUCUUAUUAAUAUCCACAUCUGGGUUAAUUAGGAUGGAGACCGUGUUUCAUCCAGAAUUGGGAUCAAUGCUCCAGCCACACUGGGGCUGAGAGAGAGACUAAAUGGUGGUGGUGGGGAGAUGGAAGCCCUCUGCCGAUCGGGGACUGCUGUCAAGUUGAUUGGUUUUUGUGUCACCCAAUGGAGAGGCCAAUGGCACAGGAUGUUGUUGUACUGACCUAUAUUUUCUCCUCUGUGAGCGUUACCUGGGAUUCUUUCUGUUCAAAAUGGGCUGUUCUUUGCACCUGAUGUGAUCUACACUAAAAAAUGUAAUAAAAAACAAACUUAAAGGAACAGUUUGGCAUUUUUGGAAAUAUGCUCAUUCAUUUUCUUGCCAUGAGUUUGAUGAGAAGAUUGAUACCUCCCUCACGUCUGUAUACUAAACAUGAAGCUACACCCUGGAGCCCGUUAGCACAGAGACUUAAGCUCUGCCUGCCAUUGCUGAUGAAGCUCACUAAUUAACACUUUUUAUCUAAUUUUUUAAAUCCGCACAAAAGCAUAAAUGUAACCCUAACAACAUGCAGUUUUUUGAGAGGUUAUGGUCUACUUCCUUGCCAGGCACAGUCACUUCCUCCACUGCUUGCCUGGCAAUGUCGCAGUGACAACAAGACAUCAGCAACAAAUGACAUAUAACAUGUUAAUUAUGGAGCUGUAGAGGGGCUGUUUUUUACCCUUUGAACAGAGCCUGGCUAGCUGUUUCCCUCUCUUUACAUUUUUUAUGCUAAGCUAAGCUAGUAACUUCUUAUCAAAGGUUUAGACAUUAGAGUGAUUUUGAUCUUCUCAUCUAGCUUUCAACAAGAAAGUGAAUCGGGAUAUUUCCGAAACCUACUCAUCAGAUUCCAACUGAACAUGAUAGGACACAUAUGGCAGUAGAAUAAGACACCAAAAACUAAAACUAAAUUUAUUGACAUUGCAAGGUGUAUAAUAUACCUUCAGUUUGAGAGAAAGAAUGGCCAUAAUAGCAGUAAAAAAAAUAUGGAGUUCUUAUAAUAGUUGCUAAGAUACAGUAUAUUAUCUGAACAAUACUGUACAGUUAUGUGGAGGAAUGUGGCUGGAUAUUAGCUGUGUCCAUGGCCUUGGAGGAAAGUAGGACACAAUUAUGUAGAGAAAAAAUACCCAGGCGUUUCUCAAGCCAAAGGAUAGAAAUGUAUUGAAAAUUUUGGAUCAGGGUUUCUCACUGCCAUCAGCUAAAUCAUGUAUGCAACAGUCUCUGCUAACAGUAGAUUCUAUAUUUAAUUUGAAGAUCAAAAGCCCUUAAUCAUUUCGAUCUGUGGCCCUCUUUGUUGUCUUUGUGAUAAAUCAGAUUCCACUCUCGUCUUAACAAACCUACUACAAGUAUAAGAAAAAAACAGUCCCUCUUCAAAUACAUUACUCAUGUCAUUUUUGAGUCAGAUGUCCCUGGAAUCCCUAUGGCAACCAUCUAUGUGUACAGGGGGUGAUUUGGACAGCAGUGGUUGGUUUGGAGGUGCAUGAAGGCUGUUCUCACAUCCUGACUGUUGAAGAGCCGGGCUGCGAAUGAAUGGCUCCUUUCCAGGAUGGUCACUUAGCAACCACCAGUUAAUCACAUGAGGUGAACUUCCCCACUGAAACCCCCCGCCCUCCACAGAAAAACAAACAUGUCUGACGAUGCAGGGUACUGUUAUGUCAUGUUGUGACUGUAUUUGAAGAGUGGCAACUGACUGUCUAGCAUCCCAAAAACUAUUUCACAGAAGAUAAAUAAAUAAAUAAAUACAAUGGUUUUAUAAGACUUCUGUCCUCAAUAUUUGAUGGUAUUGGGGUUAUACUGUGUGCAAAGUGGCCUUAACUAGUACACAGAGCAAAUCGAUUGAAAAGUUGCAAUACCUUAAAAAAUAUAGUAACGUGAUGUUUCAUACCAAAGUGACCAGAGCUUAGUGAGUUUUGAUCAUUUUAAGAGAGACCUGACCUAAAUGGGUAUUUCACAUGUAUGUUAGCAUUAACAGCUGUUUACUUACCAGUCUAGAGUAUUUGUUGUGAGUUGAGUAUCAAAGUUCAUUCCUUUGUUCACAAAGCUUUCUCCGGUCGUGGACAGCAACCAUUUUGUUUUACAUUUAUGUCAUCACUGCUUUUCUUCUACUGAAGUUAGCAUGCUAACCAGUUAUCCCCAACCAGCCCGGUUGACAGGUCUCAUCACUUUCUGAUACCGGGUCACUGUAGCAUCGAGUCGUCCAUGAAAAAGUAGCACUGCUCAAAGAUUGUAUUAUAACCUCUUGUUGUAAACACAAUGAUGGUGGAAGUUCUCAGCAAGAGUGCUAAGUAAACUUAAUGUCAACGCUGGCUUUGUAGCAAUAGCAAGACUUAGAGAUAGAUCCUUUGAGUCACUUCUAGUUGAUACCAACAUCACUUAGAGCAAGACUGAAAGAAGAAACAAUACAAGGUAGUUCAACUCUUACAAAGUUGAACUAGCUAGCUAGUUGAAGUAGCUCAUGGUAGCUAACCUUAGCUAAUGUUAGCAAGUUCUUGAUUGUUAUUGCUGUUUAACUGAAAUUAUUUAAUCAGCUCUUAGACUUUAUGACUGGCUAGCUGUUUCCCAAUUUUUCAUUCUUCAUUCUUUAUGCUAAGCUAAGCUAACUGGAUGCUUUCUCCAGCUACAUAUUUACAGUACAGAUGUGAGAGUGGUACCAUCUUCACAUCUAACCGUAGUGAGAAGUUUCCCAAAAUAUCGAACCAAAAACAAUGAAGGGAAAAACAGCAAAUGUUACAGUCUCACUUUAAUAACAGAUUUUUAUUCUCAUAAAUAGGCUGUGUUCUCAUCAUUGUUUACUGCGGCCCCACUUUGAUUUAGGCAGAUGAGGCUUUUAUUCAAAUGUCUUGCCGCAGCUUGAAAGGACAAAAGAUACAAAGAUACAACUUAUACUUAUGAGAGCCAUGCAUCACAUCGAUGAAGGAGUGAGACACUAUUUCAGAAUGAGUGACCAGUGGAGAAAUUACAACUGGCAGUCUAUUUGUUCAAAAUUGGAGCACCUCUCUGAUGAGGGAGCAGAUGUCCUUGCCUUGAAUCCUGCAGACAAAUCAAAAAAAAGAAAAAAAAAGAAAAGAAAGAAACAGCACCUAUCUGCCAGGUCUCAGCUGGCAAAGGCAUUUCAAAGUCCAAUUUCAAACAUUUCAUGUUACUCUUCGCUGUGGUGUUGGCUAAUAUUGGUACAAAUCACGGUGCAUUUAGACAACUUGGAGUAACAACAGUCAGUGUUUGUACACUAUGAAAAAACUAGAACUUUAUUGUCUUGUAGCAGAAUCUCUUCAACUUAAUCAAUGUAUAAAUCUUGUUUCUUUGAACAUGAUGGUACAUUUUCAGUUGUUUGUUCCUGCUUGUGAUGUAUUGACUACAUAUCAAGACAUUAAACAGCUUUGGAGCCAGGUCAUUAAAAUGCUCAGUCACCAGAAAAUAGUCAAACUGCUACACCACCAAAGUAAAGUCUGUCAAAAUAAGUGAACUACAGAAGAGAAUAGAACUCAAAGCUUUUUUAGAAAUGUAUGUGACUCAUCAUUCACCAACAUGUUAGAUGUGAUUUCUUUCUGUUUCUUUUUUUUUUUUUUUUUUUACUAUAUUCAGCUCUGUUCCCACAGUGUGUACAAUGGAGUAGGUUGUAUUGUGUAGCUUCACUUCAAAAUUAAAGGGAAUGUCAAUGGGGUUUUUCACAUUGACUCCUCCCAUCACAGAUGUUAAGUUAAAUUUGGCCCAGGACACCUGCAGUGGGCUCAGCAGGAAGUUCUAAGCCCAGGAAUUACCCGCCUCCAUCGACGCUCUCACCACAGAUCAGACCUGCACAUACAUACACCUACGCUAUGUUUACAGCGCACAGAUUCUUAACUAAGCAGUUUUGGAGUUUACACCUGCAGUCUUCAGUGUGCUUGAGGGAGGCUGAGUGGAAUUUAGAAGCAAUAUUUUUAAGAUGUAAAUAAAAGGGAAACCCUGAACCCAGCCCCUAAAAAUGAAUACAAGGUAUUAUUUUCUUAAGAGCCUGGUAAUUAUGGGUGUAAUCAUAACCCAAGAUAUUUCCACAAUUGAUUUAAUCACUGUCAUUAUUUCCCACUGCUAUCACAAUCUUGCAUAAUGACCCAUUCUGGUCCCUUUGAGUCUAAGUGCUUGGUGCAGCUUGUUAUGUACUUGACAUCAGGGUUACAAUUGUGGAAGACACUUACUGCUCAUGCCAGACUAAGACUAAUCAUAUGUCUCAGUCUGACAUGUGAGCUAUUACACGUCAGGAUUUUUAAACCUUGUGCACCAGCUCACUGACAAAUAGUCGAUCCCAAGUGUUUCUGUGCAAGAUAAGCUGUGACAAUCCCAUUACCAAUCCUGUCUCACCUUUGCAACAUCCAGCAGGCUUUGUGUACAUUGUGGAGAUAUUCACUGUAAGUUAAUGAAAACAAAGCAGCUACAAUUUAUUCUGCGCAAAAGUUAAAUUUUGAUAUUGCCAUGUAUUUUAUCAUUGCCAUUAAUUGUUCAUCUUCAUGUUAUUUUAUUUGUGCCUUUACUAGGCUACUGAUGUUAUUUUACUCACUGUUGUUGUGCCUUUAACUACACUUUGUACAUCUCUUGGGUCACCUAAACAUGCUCUAUAAAUAAACUGGAUUUAUUUGA